UAUCGACAUCCUUGCUUUCAUAGUCUUCCUUUGCUUCACACAAAAUCCAAAACCUCCGCAGAAGCUCAACUGCUCAUCAAUGGCGGACUCCAUCCCCUGCAGAAAGCCCCACUUCCCAUUCUCCGAUCCAAAUCCAGAAGCUCACCGAAACCCGAUUCGACACGGUAAGUCCUACACUAUGCACUUUCUCCUUAAAGCUCUAAUCUUUGCCGUUUUCAUCGUCGUUCUUCCACUUUUCCCCUCACAAGCUCCCGAAUUUAUCAACCAUACGAUCCUCACCAAGUUCUGGGAGCUCAUUCACGUUAUCUUCGUCGGCAUUGCCGUGUCCUACGGCUUGUUCAGCAGAAGAAAUACUGCUGAAAUGGGGUUUGAGAAUAGCUCAAAUGUGGGUACUUCUGAGUCUUAUAUGCCUACAAUAUUCCCCAUUUCGUCGAAUUUCGACGGCGGGUGUGAAUACCCAUGUGGGUAUGGUGAGAAAAGAGAGGGUGAGAGUUGGAAUUCUGGGUAUUUUGUGGGUAACCCUGUUGCUGCUGUGGCUCAAUCUUGUCAUGAAAGCAAUGUUUUUUAUGCCCAAUGCAAACCCAGUUUGGGGAUUUGUGAAAGUGGGGCUGAAAAUUCAUGUGGGUAUAAAGAGAAAAAUGUUACUCAAGCUUGGAAUUCUCAGUAUUUUCAGGGUGAAUCAAUGGUGUUUGUAGCUCAACCAAAUUAUGGUCUUGAUGAAUGGGGAAACCCCAGAUCAAUGGUUGAUAAUCAGCCUUUAGGAUUGCCGGUUCGGAGUUCGAAAUCGAGGGUGAAAAACCGGGAUAGUUUUGAGUUUGUUGCUAGGAGUGAGUUCAGUUUGGGUUCUAAGGGCUCUUUUAAUAGCUCUGAUGGGGUUAGGAAUGAGGAUUUUGGUGAUUUGGGUGCUAUAAAUUUAGAACAGAAGUUCAACGAAGCUGCUGCAUCACCAUCCCCGGUUCAUUGGCGUUGGCGUUCUGCAAGGAUGGAAAGGGGGAAAAGAGUAGGUAGUAAUGCUCGUCCUACGCGUUUGAGGCUACUCUCAGUUGAUGAAACUCAGUUUGAAUCAAUGAAAACUCGGUCUUUCCAGCCCACAUUGUCCUUUACUUCCGAGUCUUAAUGACAUGUGGGUCAUGUGAUGAUUAUCAACAUUUAGAGAUGGAUGAUUUAAUUUAUCUAAUAUGUUUUACGAGUUGGUUAUUACGGAUUAGAGACUUAGUUAACCUCCCUAUAUUUGAUUAAUUAAGUAGCAUUGCAUUUACUUUGGACAAACAAAAUAAAUAAAAAGAAACAAAUCCCAUGAAAUACAAAGACAAAACCAAACCACAAAUGGAUCAUAGUGGAAUUCACAAGUGUAUGGAUGACCAGCCCAAUCUGCAUCAGAGUAGCCACGUAGAAACAAGUGGACCAUAGUGAGGCCGAAACUAAGACCAAGUCUAACGAACCCUUAUAACAUAAUGAAGAACACAUUUGGCAGCAACCAAAUGAGUCAUAGUGGGACGAGCCAUAAACUAAGCAAUAUGAUUGACCGCAAAGGCAAUACUAGGAUGAGUUAAAGUGAGAUAUGUAAGUGACCUGAGAAGGUGACAAAACUCAGUGGGAUCAGAAAGAGGGGUACCAACCUGAUUAGGAAUCUGUGACAAUGUAAAAUGGCGUUUCAUGAAUUUACGUUGCAGGGCAUAUUGUCUUAAUGAUUUGAUUAUGAUCAAAUUGAUUGCAAUAUAUUUAUGUUGAAUCAUACAUUCUAUUUAUUGAAAUAAUAAUUGUCAUUAUC